GCAUCACUUGCAGUGCUUGAAGCAGAGCACAUCAAGUUAAUUUAUUCGUUUAUGUACCUGUAUCAGCUUCCAGGUAUCGUGAUGUCACAGUUCACAAGGGAAUUGAAGAAGAUACUUAUUCAGAGGUGCUAUUACUCAAUGGAGGACUAUUUGAACGAUGAAUUCUCGAAUAUUGGCUACUGAUACAAGCAGAAGUAUAUAAUGAUUAAUAAAAACUGAAUGAAUGAACGUCUGUGACGAGAUAUGUAACAAGUAAAUAGCAACCAUACGAGCCAUACGACAAUGAUACAUGUCUCUUAAAUCAUUCGUAAGCAUAUUGGGGAACUGUCUUCUGAGAUAUGACGUCAUCGGUUGGAUGUUUCGGAAGAAGGUAUCUCAGCUUAAAUUCUGUUGCGCUCACAAUGGAAGACUUCUUGAAAAUAGAAAAAAUAGGUGAAGGGACAUAUGGUGUUGUUUAUAAAGGAAGGAAUAAGAAGACAGGUCAAGUUGUUGCUAUGAAGAAGAUCAGACUGGAAAAUGAAGAUGAAGGCAUUCCAUCAACUGCUCUUAGAGAAAUAUCACUUCUCAAAGAAUUGCGACAUCCUAACGUCGUCAGUCUUGAAGAUGUACUGAUGGAGGAAUCCCGCUUGUAUUUGAUCUUUGAAUUCCUCUCAAUGGAUCUGAAGAAGUAUUUGGAUUCUCUUGGACCUAAUAAAGUUAUGGAUGCAGAUCUUGUAAGAUCAUACUUAUAUCAGAUAAUAAAAGCUGUACUGUUUUGCCACCAGAGACGGGUGAUACACAGGGAUUUGAAACCUCAGAACCUUUUGAUAGACAAGAAUGGCGUCAUCAAAGUAGCUGACUUUGGACUGGGCCGUGCAUUUGGCAUACCUGUAAGAGUCUACACACAUGAGGUAGUGACUCUUUGGUAUCGAGCUCCCGAAGUUCUGUUAGGAUCCUCAAGGUAUUCAUGUCCCAUUGACAUGUGGUCCAUUGGGUGCAUCUUUGCUGAAAUGGCAACAAGGAAACCACUCUUUCAAGGCGAUUCAGAAAUUGAUCAGUUGUUUCGCAUAUUCAGGGUCUUGAAGACACCAACUGAAGAAAUCUGGCCUGGUGUGUCUCAGCUGCCAGACUACAAGGCAACAUUUCCAAACUGGAUUCAUAAUAACUUGACCGGUCAAGUAAGAAACAUUGAUGAAGAUGGACUUGAUCUGUUACAGAAAAUGCUCAUCUAUGAUCCUUUAUCUCGGAUAUCAGCCAAAGCUGCACUGCUGCAUCCUUUCUUCGAUGUUCUGGACAAAUCUUCACUUCCAGUCUGAAGUUAAAUCUCAUAAGUUUGUGAAUGACCUCAGUUUGAAGGUCCUUUCUUCCAGGAACUUUCCCUCUAUGUUCUGGGUGACUCAGUGCUCCCUGCUAAGCUCUAAGUGAAGUAGGAGAUAUCUGUAACUUAAAGGCUUACUUGUCAAUUGAAUAUUUUUGCACAUUUUAGUAGAGGAUGACAAAUUUCAGGUACGCAGCUUGUGAAGCUUCUGAAAUAUAUAUAUAGAAAUAUUUAUUGGUUACAGAGCACUGUGGAUUAGGGGAAGAUACAAUUCUGUGAAGCAAUAACUCUUUUCAUUUCUUUAGUUUAGUCUUAAAAAUUAAUUCGUUAAUUCAAUUUUAUUUUGUAAUUUUUUCAGUGGUUUUCUUACAAUAAAAUAUCAAGCUCGAAAUAUUUUUUUCCUCUUAACAAACCCUGUGAGAUUUUAGGUCCUCACAACAGUGACCAUUGGGAUUUCUGGGGUGUCACUAUGUAGUUUGGUAGAUGGAUGCCAAUAUUCUGGAGGAGCAACUUGCCUUCACAUUCAGAAUAGAAGACCUGUGCUGAAGAUGAAGUCAGCAAAUUUCUCUGAAACUUUGCUACUUAUGUACCAGACUACAUGGCAUCAUAUCCCAGAAGGCCAUAAGCCUACUGUCAAUUCUAUUUUAUUGAGGAAUGUGGACUAUUCAAGCUUUGAAAGAUUUUCUUUUUGAAAAUCACAUUUUUUUUUAUGUAUAUCACUUUUGUAUUGAAUUUUGUGUAUGUAGUUGGUUUUGAGUAUAUUCUGAGAGCCUGGUUGGGAUAUUGUAGUCAUAGUUUGUUGUUUCACUAUUUAAGAAAACAUACAAGAUGUAUGUAUAAAAAUUACAACACCAAUAAUAAUAAAUUUGUGACCUGAAAUGAAUAUUAAUAUUUCUAAUUACCUCCUUAUGAUUUUUAUGAUAGUACUGUAGGCGAAAGGAGGAGAACAUAGAGGUUCUUCAUUGAGCAUUCUCCAGGUAGAAACAGUUAAUGAACGGCUAG